AUGGCCCCUCAGCCGCAAGUCAGGGUUGCAUGUGCCGUCCAAAGGAGGUUUAGACGGAUGUUUACUAUAAUCGAAAACAUAAACCUCUGCACUAACAGUCUUUGUUGCAAUAAUAAAUGGGUUUUGCGGCAUAUAUCGAGCCCGGUUGACCUCCCCAUCAUGGUGGCUCCGGAUCAGCUCCAUUGCCGUCACUACCGAGGUGCCAAAACCCAAAAAGGGAAGAGAAGAAGUGGAAGCUCAUUACCUUCCCAUUCGCGCACCCAAAACCACCGAACUCAGAUCGCUCAUCGUCAUACUGGCGAGCAUCAUUCUCGGCAUCCUCGAGCGGCAGCUGCGCCUGCGCCAGCAUCAGAUAAUUGGGCUCGUUCUCCGAUGUGUGAGUCCCCAGAAUCAUCUUCUGGACUGAAUAGUCCUUGCCCGGCGGCUCCUCCCGGUCGGGCAGCCACUCGACGGUCAGCGACGGCCACUCGAGCGCGUGGGUUAUCACCAGAUCGUAGAGGAAAGGGGCGCUCCUCAAUCUCCCCCCUCAUCUCCUCCUCGUCUUUCCCCAUUUUUUGCUCUCGCUUGACUAACUUCUCUCGAGUAUCUCUGGAAAACCUGAACCAACUCGUGCCUUGUUUAGCUCAAAGUAGAAAGGAGAUUUUGUGCUUUGAUCUGUUAAGAGUGGUUCUCGGUGAAAACGGUGAUGGGGGGAAUCUGGGAGGGUUGAGAGGUGAAUUGGAGGGAAGAAUGUGA